GCAUGGAGCCCCUUCCCGGGAGCGCGCAGGACACCGCGAGCAUGGCGGACGCUGCUGCCGAGUUCCUGAGCCUCAUCGCGCUGAAGGAGCUGGAGUGGUGCCUGUUUGCUGAGACGCUGGCAGUGGUGGCCGUGGGGGCCCCACCAAGGCACAAGGCAGAGGGCCAGUGGUGGAUGGCAGCCCAGUGGGCACCCUACCACCGGGAAGGUGAGCCGGUGCAGAGCUGCAUCCUGGUGCAGACCAGGUUCCGAGGCAAGCAGGACGGUGUGCCUGCCUCCAGCACCCUCAAAGCCUAUGUGACCUGGCAGCUGGAGACGCUGGAGCAGGAGGAGCAGGAGUGCCUGGAGGUGACUGAUAUGGUGGUGGCAUGUCCUCUUCCCUGUGUCCUACCCGCUGCCCUGGGCUGUGCCCUGCAGUGGUGCCCUCCUGGGGGCUGCCCCUGCAAGGCUGCUCUCAGACCCCACCCCACCGAGAAGACGACCCACAUCGUGAGCCACGAGCACGGGAUGACGGUCACGAAGAUGCUGCAGGAGGGAGAGGCAGAGCCACAGUGCCACAGCUUCUCGUACAGGCGGGCCGAGCUGCGGGCGCGGCUGCUGGAGGGGGCCAGCCUGCUGCUGCUGCGGGUGCUGGCACGCCGGCAGACAGUGCCCCCCGACCUCGUCUUCCCAGCCAUCAACAGCGAGGGCGACCUCUGCACCUCCCGCUAUCGUGCCCUGGGCAUCCAGCGGCAGGCGGUGGGCUCGGCAGAGACAGAGGUGUUUGUGAUCCAGAGAGCCCUGCACGCCAGCACAGGUGCCCCCACACUGUGGCACAGCAGCUUCCUGCCCAACGGGCGUCUGGCUCAGCUGGUGCAGAUUGGCUCCCCCGUGCUGAUGCUUCUACAGGACGAGUCCAUCCUCAGCAAGUCAGGUAGGUUUGAGCCCCAGCUCCCCUUCCCCAAAGAGCCCCUGGACUGGGAGGAGGACAAGGAGCUCUACUCCCAUUUCCUGGACAGGAAGGAUGAGCUGCAACUAUCCCAUGCUGCCUACCUCCAGCAGCAUCCCGAAGUCCGGGCACUGCUGUCUGACUUCCUCCAGGCAUUGCUCCUCCAGCAGCCACACGACACCAUCUCCUUUGCCGCGGAAUUCUUCGCCCACCAGCGGCCCAUUGGGACCCCCUUUGCCUCCACUGGAGCCGCCAGCCCCCUCCCCAACUCCCCCACUGGCCACCCUCCAGCUAACAGCAAAUAA